GUUUUAUAGAGUUAGUUUGCCAGUUGUUUUCCAGUAGUUCAACAUGUGCUUUUAAAAAGUUUUUGUGUGUGUGGUUUUAGUGUGUUUUAUUAUGGUUAAAAAUUAAUAAAGUUUUAUUUUAAUUUGUGGAUACCAUUUGCGCAUGACAUGACCGCCAAUCAGCUGAGUGUCGGUUACGCCAACCCUGUGGUCGACGACACGGCCCGACUAGACUCGUCCGAUUACGAAGACCUCCCGGCGCUGCCCACCGCCGAUUGCGAGGACUUUACUGAUGGUCACUCAUCGGUACAGCACAUACCCUACACCCGUCUCUACGAGCCGACCACUGGGUUCUCGGACCCGAGCAACUCGUGGCUACUGCCCGGGUGUCCGCUAACGGUCACCAUCACGGCGGCCGAGCACCGGGACGGCCACCACAUACUCAACCCCUACCUGUACACCAUUCAGGUGGAGCACCAGCAGUUCAAAUGGCUGGUCCGCCGUCGGCACACCCACUUCAAGUCCCUGCAUCAGGCGUUGCUUAUGUACCGGACGUCGUUGCGCAUACCGUUGCCCCUCAAGACACUGCGGGACAGGCGUAAGAGUGUUAGCGCCAAGAAUAGAAAACCGGUGCCCCGUUUUCCCCGUCGGCCCGAGGCCUUGAUUUUGUCGCCCGAGGCGUUGGAUGAGCGCAAG